UACCCUGCCUGCUGCAGCAUCAUUCAUACGUGCUGUCUGCCGGUAGAUUCAAUGUAGAGCAAGAAACCUUAGAGAGGAAUGGAAAGGGUUUCUGUGUUGAAGCUAGGACAAAUGAACCUGGAGAGCUCCUCAUGCCUAUAAGGGAGGGCCGAGCAGAAUCCUCCUUCGCUGGCUACACAGACAAGAAAUCCACCGAUCAGAAAAUCGUCACCAAUGCAUUUGUACCGGGUGAUCGCUACUUCCGAACUGGAGAUCUCCUGCGGAAGGAUCGUCGAGGUCGUUUCUAUUUCAUCGAUAGGAUUGGCGAUACAUUCAGGUGGAAAGGCGAGAAUGUCUCUACCAUGGAGGUAUCGGAGGUCAUAUCCCAUUACCCAGGCAUUGCUGAGGUUAAUGUGUACGGCGUGAAGGUGCCUGGUGAGCCCGAUGGUCGGUGUUGCAUGGCUGCUAUCAGGCUGGAGGAGAACACUUCUAGUAGUAAUUUGCUGGGCGCGUUGAAGCUGAUG